CGAAGGUUUCCCGCGGCUGAUUGCCUCGGUAAAGAAGCUCGCCAUCGUCACCUACCUUUAUCCAGUGCUUGAAUUUAGCUGUGCAAUCUCCCACAUAUCACAGGUCCAUCUACAGAAAGAUCCUAGUUAUCACCUCUUGCGAGCCCGUGAAGAGGCACAACCACUUUCAUCGCUCACUGCACAUAUCUGACCAGCGAGCCAAUCCUGGCUUUUGCGUGAGAAUACUGCCACCACAUGGCUUCUGCCGCUUCAUCGAAUACCUCUACUUCGAGUAGACGCCCUCAGGGCCCAACAGUUCAGGUCGAAUUUGGAGGCCAGAAGGUCGAUGUACCCAAAGGCGGAUACUACGAUCGUUAUCGUAUGAAUCCGAACCUGGACGAGGUAGCCCGUGAUCCGGCAGUUGGACCAGACAUCGCCUUUUUCCGACAAAUCCCGAAGGAGUUAGUCGAUUCGAGAGUUGGCCAGGUAUACGCACCCAACUUCUACUACCGUACAAAGAGUGUACAGCUUCUCUUUCUCGCGUCCCUUGACAACUUGAAGUCGAAGCUCCCAGCACCUUUGGAGCCCAUCACUGCAUUGCCUGGAUAUGGAUUGGUGGCUUUGACGUUUUACUCGUAUCUCGUCUGCGACAACGAUCCUUACAACGAGGUCUCUAUCGCCGUUAUCGUCCGCCAGCCGGGUAAAGGAAGUUACAGUACGACCCAAUUGUUCAGCUCUAUUUGGAAUCGAACCUUCUAUGGAUACGUUUUGGCUCUGCCUGUCGAUACCGAGAUUGCUCGAGUACGUGGUGUCUACGGAUACCAACUACCUAAAUGGCUCGCCAGUAUCAACUUGGAGAUGGACGAAAACAAUAUCAAAGCUGACAUCACUGCGACCGAUGGAAAACUCGAUCUGGCACUGGAUGUGCCCCUUCCAGCGUUGAAAACAAUCCCGUCGCAAUCUUCAAUUGUCAGUAACAAUGCAAUCAACAAGAUCGACGAGAAAUGGUACCAGGUGACAGUUCAGACAAACCCACUUCUUGGGGCACAACGUGUCUUCCCUCGGAACGUCAACGUCUAUCGGGGCAGAGGUCCGCUGAGCGAACUUCUUAAUGAAUUAGGCGCCUGGACCGUCUUGCGGAUGGACGUACUAAAGGAUGCACAGAUGGUCUUGCAUAUGCCAACAUCCUUAAAAGCUUUUGAUGACAACAAGCUAUAAAGACCAUCAUUUGACGAUUUCUCGAGGCGGGCCACAGCGACGCGAAUAGCACUGUCCAAUUCGCCGCGGAUGAGGUUGUUGACAAUGAGUUAAGGUGUAAAUAGCAAUUCCCCCCAGCUGCUGUAUUUGAUUUUAUACAAGGUUGUUCACAACUCCAUUUUGCGCAUGGUAUGACCUCUUGAGGUCCCACGGG